CAGCAUUAGCACACGAAAUCUCGACGAGAGCAGUCACAGACCACGUCACACAUCGAAAAAAAUCACCAUGGAACGGAGUCAUCUUUACUUGCCCACUCUGAGCUACGCGGCCAUGGGUCACGUAUACGCACCGUAUCGCGGAAGCAGUUCACCCGCACUAUCGACAGCAUCGUCAACAUCAUCGAAGCCGGAGCAGAUCGAGGAGCUGGUGUCCCAGCAGCUGCAUCAUCUCAAAAUGCACUACGCCGACGAGGAGCAACGCUACGUAGACCAGAUGCUCCUGGAGAAUCCCAUUGUUGUGGAGCGCCGUGCACCGCCGCCGCUGAAAACGGAGCUUGCUAUGGAUUGCCGCGGAUCGGGUUCCGGAUCAGGUUCCGGUUCUGGUUCGGAUGUCAAGGAUGCCCAGCGUCAGAGGGCCGAGUCGUGCCGCAAAUCCCGCUACAACAACAAGAUCAAGAAGGCCAAGCUGCGCUUCCGGCACAAAUUCGUCAGCGGGCAGCUGAAGAAGAGCGCCGUCAUGUUGGACACGAUGCGGGAUGUGAUUGCCCAGGCGGAGAGGCAGCUGCUCGAGCGGGGAUAUCCCGCCGCCACACUCGAGCGGAUGCGGGCCACUUUCGGCCUGGAAAUGGAGCAGUGAUAUCAUAGUGUAGCUAUGUGUCGCAGGAACGGAUCCCUGACUAGUCCAGCAUUAGCCAUACCACUUUUUUUUUUUGUUGACUAUAUCUAGUAUUUAUCUAAGCAUAUUAUUAAAUUUUUAAAUAAAAUUAAGAAUCAUAUUG